AUGGAAGAUAGCACAUUUAAUAAAUUAGUUGAAGUAAUAUCAUUCAAAAUAUUAGCAAGUUUAAUCUUAAUUGACUGAAUUGCAUGAUAAUGUUGAAUAAUUUGAUUAAGAUCACAAAGAUGUUAAUAAUUCUAGUAUUGGUUAAGACGUCAUUGAUUUGUAAGAUUAAAUACAAAAUCUUCUUAAAUAACUAUAAAACAAUAUGCAAAGACUAGAUAAUAAUACAGGACAUCUUUCAGGUCGUUAAUAAAAGUAUUAUACAAUUAAAGCUAUUAAAGAAUGAAACAAAUUAAGUAAUUCUACAAAAAAGAAAUCGAUAAAUUUACUUAAGUAUGUAAACAAGUGGAACAAAAAUUAUAAUAAAAACGAAAGACAAUUGCAAUGAAUUAACAAGGAAGAUGGAAUGAACCUAAACCAAAACCUGAAGAUGAAUUAUAAGAGUAAUUGAUGCAUGAUUAAUAUGAUGUAGAUAAUUAAAUGAUAAGAGAAAGAGAUGAAGAUAUUCAAAGAAUUGUAUUUAUAUCUUAAUUAAAUAGGAUCGUGAAGCUUAAAUGCUUAAUAAAUUAGUAGGAGAAUUAGCUUUAGAAGCCCAUAAAGCAGAUGAAGUUCUUGAUAUCGUAGAUACACAUCAAUAGACAACAAAAGAAAAUUUAGUCAAGGCUAAUGUCGAAUUAGACUCAGCAUAAAACUCUUAAAAGUCAGCAACUAAGAAAUGGAUUAUUUUAGCUAUUUUGGCAAUCAUACUUGUAGGAGUAUUAGUAACAAUUUUUGUUCUAAAAUUGCAUUGAUA